GCAGUGAUCGAUAGGUGGGACGACUCGAUGGUCGAUAUGAGUGUGUAUUGAGUGAAUGGGAAGUAUUGGUGGAAAUGGCGUCUCAAUUGAGUUCCCAAAGUGUGGUCGCGUCCGAAGUGUCCGGCGAUGACUCUCUCUAUCCCAUCGCUGUCCUCAUCGAUGAGCUCCGCAACGAUGACGUCCAGUUACGGCUCAACUCAAUCCGCAAACUGUCGACAAUAGCGCUGGCAUUGGGUGUGGAGCGGACCCGAACAGAGCUGAUCCCCUUCUUGACGGACACCAUCUACGACGAGGACGAAGUGCUGCUCGCGUUGGCCGAACAGUUGGGCUCAUUCACGCCGCUUAUUGGCGGCCAAGAGUUUGUUUACGUACUGUUGCCUCCGCUCGAGUCGUUGGCCACCGUCGAGGAGACAGUCGUGAGAGACAAAGCGGUGGACAGUCUGAGGAAUGUCUCGCAACAACACUCGCCGCAAGAUUUAGAGCAAUACUUUGUUCCUCUCGUUAAGAGAUUAGCCUCUGGCGAUUGGUUUACGUCGAGGACCAGUGCCUGCGGGCUCUUCAGUGUCUGUUAUCCAAGAGUUUCAAAUCAAGUGAAGGCAGACCUUAGAAAUUCAUUCCGGCAAUUAUGUCAAGACGACACCCCAAUGGUGAGGAGAGCGGCGGCCGCCAAGUUGGGAGAGUUCGCCAAAGUGUUAGAACCGGAAUACGUGAAGUCCGAAGUGAUGUCUUUGUGGUCACAACUGGCGUCCGACGAACAGGACUCGGUUCGACUGCUGGCCGUCGAGGCCUGCGUUUCGAUCGCUUCUCUUUUGUCCAAUGAAGACAUUGAACAACACGUUAUGCCGGUCUUGAGGUCGGCGGCUGAGGACAAGUCAUGGCGCGUGCGAUAUAUGGUGGCCGACAAGUUCACGGAACUGCAGAAGGCUGUCGGGCCGGACAUCACUCGCAAUGAUUUGGUGCCCGCCUUUCAGAACCUUCUGAAAGACUGUGAGGCAGAAGUGAGAGCAGCGGCCGCACAGAAAGUGCGCGACUUCUGCCAAAACCUAACGCCCGCCGACUCUCAGGAACAGCUUAUUAUGACUAAUGUCUUGCCCUGUGUGAAAGACUUGGUCUCAGACCCGAACCAACACGUGAAGUCCGCUCUGGCAUCUGUUAUAAUGGGUUUGUCCCCCAUUUUGGGCAAACACAACACAAUUGAACACUUGUUGCCAAUGUUUUUAUCACAACUGAAGGACGAAUGUCCUGAAGUGAGACUUAAUAUCAUCUCAAACUUGGAUUGUGUUAACGAAGUCAUUGGAAUCCAACAAUUGAGUCAAUCAUUACUGCCGGCGAUCGUCGAGUUGGCCGAAGACACUAAAUGGCGCGUCCGCUUAGCUAUCAUCCAAUACAUGCCAUUACUGGCCGGACAACUGGGCGUUGAUUUCUUUGAUGAGAAACUAAAUACAUUGUGUAUGACUUGGCUCGUAGACCAGGUGUUCGCUAUAAGAGAAGCCGCGACUCAAAACCUGAAGAAGUUGGUGGAGAAGUUUGGGUCGGAUUGGGCCACCAAUACAGUCAUUCCCAAAGUGUUGCAGAUGUCGAGGGAUCAGAACUAUUUGCAUCGAAUGACAUGUCUUUUCUCCAUCAAUGUGUUGGCCAACGCUUGCGGUCCAGAGAUUACAACAAAGUUAAUGCUUCCAACAGUUAUCAGUUUAGGCGGUGAUAGUGUGGCGAACGUUCGUUUCAAUGUCGCCAAGACUUUGCAAAAGAUUGGACCAAUUCUUGAUCAGAAUACACUUCAGACCCAAGUGAAGCCAUGUUUGGAUAAGUUGCAAAAGGACUCCGAUGUUGACGUCCGCUAUUUCGCUAAAGAAGCGGUCACUUCACUCGCUUUUUCCGCUGAAGACACUAAUGAGGAACACGUGACCGGAGACCAGGACGACGACGACGAUGACGGGGCGAUCGAUUCAAACGACGAGAACUCGAGGUCCGCCCGAAGCCGCACAUCUCAACAGCAAAACGUGUUUGACGGGUCCAGCGGUUCCGUUCAGUACCAGUUCAAGACAGAGAACGGACAGACGGGCGCCGUCACUUACCGUGUGGUGACCGUCGAUGACUCGCAUCCAACGCAUACAGUGGUGACCCCAACUAUCGUGAGUCCGGCCCAACACAGCUCUGUUGCUCUCCUCACCGCACAUGCGGGCAAUCCUUUUGGCGCAGCGACUCAACAGAUCGCCACCAGUGCUGGCAGUGACGGACCCUUCUAUGUAAUGAUGGCUCCGACACAGGACUUGAUAUCCCACUCAUCGUCUAAUAUCCGAAGAGCCAAGAGCGGCGCGGAAGGCGGUGUAGGAGUAGGCGUUCCCCGUGUGGCCAGAGAUGAGAAGAGGAGAGCCACUCAUAACGAAGUGGAGAGAAGGCGAAGGGAUAAGAUUAACAAUUGGAUUAUAAAACUGUCGAAAGUAGUUCCGGACUGUUCGCAGGACCACACCAAACAGGGACAAUCAAAGGGCGGAAUUCUGGCCAAAGCCACCGAAUAUAUACAGGAGUUGUGCGCAGAAAACGCCCGUUUGAAUGAAGUGCUUAAAGAAAAUGAGAUUUUAAACAAUGAAUUGGAUGCCAUUCGCCAACAGUUUGUUGACACUAAGAAUGAGAACCGAAGACUGAAAGCACUUUUGCAAAAGUAUGACAUUCCCGUCGAUGACAACUAAUAUAGAUUACCGUAUAUUAUGGUAAAUUUAAAGUU